AUGACUGAAAGCGCUACAAGGAAAGGAAGGGAGUGUGGAGAGCUUUUGCAUGGUGUUUAUAAACGCUGGCCGGCUGCCGGCUGCCACCCAGCAUUUCUGGCACCGGUCGGUAUAAAGGUCCGGAUCAUACAGCGCUCCUGGAAUCCCUACAGCAACCAAGAAGGUCUUCAGGAGAAGGGCGCACACAAAGGCGGACCGGGCAAUUGUGCGUAG